UAGCCAGAGACUUUUUCCCAGGGCAGAAAUGGUUAAUACAACUGUGACGAGAAACCGAGAGGAGGAUAGAUAGGACUCGAGUGUCCGAGUAUCCGAGAGCAGAAUUGAGUUAUGAUACAAAUCUGAAACAAAGGCAGGGUUCUGAACUAGAUGCUAGACAAGAAUCCAAAGUUGAGCUGACAAUGGAGCUCAGUUCAGGUGCUCUUUAAAUAUUGAAAUCCUGGCACCUAAACACGGCCACAAGUUAGAGGAGUGGGCCGAGUCUUUAAAGGGGCUUCGCCAGCUAUUGGUAUUCCAGGGAGCUAGAGCGUCUAAACUCCAGAAGCCGGUGCAAGCUAGUCUGUAUCAUAACAUAAUUUUCAGGUGACUGGAGGAAAGUAUGGGGCGGGGGUAGAUGUCAGAGUUAGUUUUUUUGCACAGUCUGUGGUGGAUGCGUGCAACGUCCUGUCAGAAAUGAUGGUAGAAGCAGACAUUUAAAAUGCUAAUGAUAGAAAAAUGGACGGCUACGUGAGGGAAGGGUUCGGGUAACCUGAGAGGAGAUUAAAAGGCCUGCACAGUGCUGUAGCGUUCAGUGUUUUAAAUAGUGCAAAGGAAGAACGGUGAGGUGGUGUUCAUGGACCAUUCAGAAAUCUGAUGGCAGAACAGAAGAAGCUGUUCCUGAAUCGCUGAGUGUGUGUUUACAGGUUCCUGUACCUCCUCUCUGAUUGUAGUAAUGAGCAGAGGGCAGGUCCUGGACAAUGAGGAUGUCAUGAGCCCGUGGGCUUGCUGUAGAAUGUUUAACCUUCUCGGUUUCUGGAGCACCUAUACUUACUAAUUAUCUUAACUAGAAUUAUUAAGCCCUUGUGCUUUCGGUUUAAACUUGUCAAGUUAAUUGUGACUGGCACGGGUUUCCCUCAUUCUAAGAUUAUUUAAAGAGGUCUCCAGUGGGGUCUUACUGCGUCAUGGAGGAUGAAUUGUUUUGUGGUGUCACUUAGUCUGAGGCUCUGUUGGUAUGCCUGUGCCUAACCCCCUUGUCUCUGUCUCUUCGUGGCUAUUCUGCCGUUCCUCUUGGGUUAAGGUGUGGGCCUGUCUACUGCCAUUCCUUGUUUGAGGUGAUGCCAACGACCACUGUGACAGAGGGAGCCUCCACUCUUGGGUCCAGCCUGCCAGCACCCUCUGUACCAGAGGGUCCUUUAUGAGAGAUUCCGCCUCCUUGAGAGGCCAGUUUGAGCUGACCCUGAGUGUUUUUCCAGACCCUGAGCUGGCCUGAAGAUGGCGCUUGCUUGGCCUGCACUGGUUGAGGUACAAACUGCAGCCUGGAGUUCUGAUGGAGAUAAUUCUUCUCAAUUUUUAGAGAUGCAUCACAGAAGGGCCGAGAUAGAGCGGACGUGGAGACGCUGUCCCCAGUAGUGGGAGAGUCCAGGAACAGAUGGCACAGCCUCAGAAUAAAAGGAAUUCCUUAUCCCUUCAGUACAGGGAGACGAGGAGGAAUUUGUUUAGCCAGAUGGCAAAUGGAGGUUGGUGAGGAGGAAUUUCCUCAGGAGGUGAUCUGUGGAAUUUGUGGUUGCUGUGGAGGUCAUUAAGGCAGAGGUUGAUUGAUAGGUCAGGGCAUGAAGGGAUACGGGGAGAGGGCAGGAGACUGGGGCCGAGAGGGAAAUAGGUCAGCCAUGAUGAAACGGCAGCGUUGAUACGAUGGGCCAAAUGGCCUAAUUCUGUUCCUAUCUCUUAUGGGUAGGAGCCUGUGUGAGGGGGUGUUUUGUCGGUAUUGUUGUAGCCGUCCGUGUUGCUCUGAGGAACAUGUGGGGCACGCUAUGCUUGCGGGCUGCCCCCACCCCCCCAGCACAACCGGGGGUCGAGUUGGUUGUUAACGCGUUACUGGAUUCAAGAUUGUUCGAUGCCAUUUCCAGUACACGCGAGUAAAGGAGAACGAAGUGAUUCUAAAUCCGGAUCCGAAAAAAAAAACCCGUUAUGUAGACGUGAAUUUGAAUCAGAGUCUAGAGGAGGUUCUGUAUGUUUUCCUAAUCUGUUUCCUCUCCUGGGAGUUCGCUCUCGGGCCCGACCACCCUGCUGCACUUGCUUCAUUCGGACGAAACUGAUUCACUUUCCUUGGAAAUUCCCAACUUCUUACAGAGAGAGAAAAAGUCCCAGUGGAGGCGAGACGUGAAGAACAGCGAUGCCUGCCUCAGCCCACCCCGCUGGAAAGAAUGUUACAGCUUCGCUGUAAGUCCAGAAAGUUCACAUCGGGGAGGAGAGUCUGAAACCUCCCUCUUCUACGAGGCGGCGAGGGCCGCGUCCACGCCGAUCUAGAAGCUGGCAGAGGCCGGGAUCAAGGACGUCAGAGUUGGCUGUCUGACUGGGAAAUGCACGCUGAACACUUGUGACACAGGAGGUGUGAGAUAAACAGAAGCUGCAGUUCCCUCAGGAGAAACAUUAGAGACAAAGAUUGUCAAGAUGUUCAGUCGAGGACGACCCGUCUUUGAGUGGACACUCUUCUCACUGGUCUUCAUCCUUGGCCGGAGGGCGACCGAGGGACAAAACAUUAGCAGCUUGAGGUGUUACACCGACUAUGUCAGCAGGAUCGACUGCCAGUGGACUGAAGACGCGACAGCGAACUGCUGCGUCCCAAUGGAUCUGUACUAUCAGAAGUCUUCAGCUCUGAUGAAUCACAGUCUGACUUUGUGCAACAGGACAGAAACAUUCAGGGGAAUCUCUGGCACUGAGAGUCGCUGCAGCAUAAAAGAGAAAUAUUUUGCUAUCGCAUUUGAAUUUACAUUCACUUUUAAACCGAGGAAACCUGUAGGCCUCAAUAAAUCCUUCCAAUUGAUGGAAAAUAUCAAGCUUCAACCUCCGUUCAACCUGACUGUUGCUGGCUUGUCGUCAGGGGGCUACCGACUGUCCUGGGAAACAGUUUACGCUGGGAAUUCCUCCAGCAAACGCUUGGGAAUGUUACAGUAUGAAGUCAGCUACAAGCGGACUUGGGAGCCCUGGGAGACUUCAGUGAGCAAAACCAUCACAGGGAACGACAAUCAACUUGCAAUCAAGAGCACAGCUCUGAUCGCCGACAGUACCUAUGUUGCUCGUGUACGGGUGAGGCAGCUAAACUCCAUCUAUGGAGACCGCUGGAGCGUGUGGAGCUCGCUCAUCCAAUGGGAUGUGGCGAGAAAUGAGGCGGAGCCUCGAACAGAUAAAGCCGAGAUGAUGCCACGAAAUCUGCAGUGUUCCUACGACGGGAUCCAGCAGAUUGAAUGCACUUGGGAGAUGUUGAAGGAGUCCAGUAAAUAUUUCAAAUUCAAUCUCCACUAUAGAAUGGACAAUGGUUCUGAGAAGCAGGCAUGUCAGGUAUCCGAGAUAGUCCACGUUUACCCACACCUCACAGUUCAUCGCUGUAACAUAACUGUGCCUGACCAGGAAGGCCUGGAGAAUUACGAGGUGUUCCUGAAGCUCGUCAAGCAGUCGAUGAGAUACAAGCCUUCUAAAAACAUUAAACCAAUUGCCCCUUUCAAUUUGAAGUCGGAGGAGUUGAAUGACGGGAGAUUUCAGCUGGAAUGGAACAGCACCAAUGCAUACAAGUUAAACUAUGAGAUCAACUACAAGAAGAAGAAUGCAUCUUGGAAGGGUUCUGAGGUGAAGAGUAUUCCCCAAAACACCAGAUCAUUCACCCUGCCGAAACACUCCCUGGAACCGUCCAGCCAUUACGUAGUCCGAGUGCGAGCAAAGGUUGACUGCAUCCCAAAAGAACCUGACUGCUACGAGGGGCCCUGGAGUGACUGGAGUUCGACCACACAGAUCAUCACUGGUCCAGAUAAAGAAAUCCCCAUUAUUGUGGCCUGUAGCCUGAUAGCACUGUUCUUCAUCGUGGCUCCCAUCGUCUUCUUCCAGGUAAAAAGAAAGAAGAGGUUGUGGUUGGAGAGCAUUCCGGACCCAGCCAAGAGUAAACUCUUCCACUUGGGCACGCAGCCGAGCCCAUUGAGACCAGUGGCUGCCGUAGAGACGGUGACUUUGGAAGAAGGCAACAUCUGCAAAGUGGUGGCUGCGGAAUCGACCGCUGCCUCUCCUCAGGUUAUCCCAAGGGUAAAAGUGGAAUCCCCCCUGAAGGAGGAGAAACAGGACCAUUCUUCUUCCCCAGUGACAAGCCACAGCAGCAAGCAAGCAGAAAUGUACCAGGGUUUAUCACCAGAAAUGGGAACGUCUGCAGCAGAAUGCUCUGACCCCCAGGCAUCGCAGACUGAGCCAGCUAACUAUAAUGGCCCCUAUUUAUUCAAUUUUCAAGAUAUUUCUUCCAUCAUGAGUAUUCUUACCGAAAUAAAGACGGCAACCAGUAAAAAUGCGAAUUAUUUCAGGCGAGGGCAGGACGCUCCCGCCUAUGUGAAGCUCCCCUCUGGAGGGGCAGUGGCAACAGAUCAGAGUGAUGCCAAGCCAGACCCAUCUGGGCCUUCCAACGCUUAUGUCCUGAAUUUUCCCAUUGCAUCGAAGACGCCAAACUAUUAUCUGCACGCACUGCCCGGUGAGAAACCAGUCCAGCCGCCACACAGCUCCACUGCCAGUUGUGUCGCGUUUGCUUCGCCCGCUAACUCAGCCCACACACCUCCGCCAGAGGCUGCCACUGACAACGCUCAGGCAAAAGGCACGGUUUCAGGCGUGGCCAGUCUGCAGGAGACCUCAUCCAGUCACGGGCCAGUGUGCAAGGAUUCAGCGCCAGAGGAUAAAAAAGCUCAGGACGCAAGCCCCGUCUCGCAGGACCAUCCCGCAGCGGCACCCUGGCCAGCAACUUGCAGUGGCUACGUGCUGAGUCCUCCUGGGGAAGAGAGUCAUGUGAAAACGGCCCCCACGCUCCCCACAGCCACCGAGCUCAAAGUCCAAAGCCUCUUGGCUGAUCCUCAACCAGGGCUGGGGUACCACCCUCCGACUCGAACGAUGGAUACUGGCCACUCUCUAGAAGGAAAUUCCUUGCCCAAGCACCAAACGGACUUGCAGAAGCUGCCGAGCAAGGAACGAGGGCAGUCUCUCGCCGACGUGGAGAACAGUGAGGCCCCAGAGGUCAUACUUUACCAGCAAGGAGCCAAACCCAUUCACUUCCAACAAAUCGGAGAUUAUUGCUUCCUUCCUGGGUCCUGUCCAAGCAAGACCAAUGAAAUCACAAAAGUCAACUUCCCACCAUCUCCCACAAACCAGAAACAUGCCAAAGAAUGUUGGGACUUGUCCCCUCAUCAACCCGAGCAGUUUCUGAGCCACGGGAGGGGCAACUGUGUGUGAAGCUUGCUGGCUAGCCCCUCUCUCAAGUUUGAACUCGAAUGGUUUUGGGGUUAGGGCUUUAGGAACAGGGAUGGGGGUUAAUAGGGGUCAAGGGUAAUAAAUAAUGAUCCUAGGCAGGAAUUGAAGGUCAGGACGGGGUGCUGUGCCGUCGAGGGUGUGUGACCCACCCAGGUCAACGGGGUCGGUGGUCCGUGCAAGUCUGGAAGUUGAGGCCCAAAGUUGAGGGGUGACAAGUCCUGGGGUGAAGUCCAAAGUUGGGGGCUUGAUGCCUGCAAGUCUGAGGUUCUGGGGCAAAGUGCUAGAGGCCCAGAUGUGGCUUGUCCAGGAGCUGAAGGCCUGCCGG